UUAACAGUUUAUGGAUUCAGCCCUACGACGAACAAGCUUAGAAGGACGCGACUUAUCCUUACACAGUUCCUAUCUCGGCGACAUGCGGGUAUAGCUUUCCCCUCCCCGACAACUUAGGACACCACGUGUAACAAAUUCCAACAAAGUCCCCUAAAAUAAUCAAGCGUGAAGCAUCCACGUAUCAUGCCCAUAUCCAUGCCCCCACCAACGCUCACGUCUGUACGGGUAUGUACCUAUAUGCACAAAGUAGUGUUACCUUAUAAGGUACCUAACAUGGUAAAUCAUUGAGGCCGCCGUUUCACUGAUAUCGAGCUCGGAAAUACGGCAUGUUUAGAUUAGAUGCAUAGUCGUCUUUUUAAAUGCGCAUUCUUAACCUCCAUAUUUCACCGAUUUUACCUUAGGUACCUACUUAAUUAAGUUGCAUCAUGGCCCGCAAGAAAGCUCUUCUUAUUGGCAUCAACUACUUUGGAUCUGAGCAUGAAUUAAAUGGCUGCAUUAAUGACGCGGAAAACAUCAGGAACUUCCUGGUAGAGGAGAGAGGUUUCUCGCCCAGCACUCACGACAUGGUCAUGUUGUCGGAUAUCCCUGAAAAUGAUGGUACUCCUUUUUUUCCAACAGGCGCCAACAUUCUGGCAGCAAUUAAUUGGCUGGUUACCAAAAAUCGGCCUGGUGAUAUACUCUGGCUGAGCUACUCUGGCCAUGGAGCCCAAGUUAGAAGCCAUGCUAGGGAUCGACCUUCAGGCUUCGAUGAUACAAUAUGUCCUGUCGACUUUGCAGAAAACGGGCAGAUUUCAAGCGAAAUAUUGCAUCGAUCGAUCGUCUCUCCGAUGAACCCCGAAUGCCGUCUUACCAUACUCUUUGAUUGCUGUCAUUCCGGCUCAGCCUGCGAAUUGCCUUACGUCUAUCGACCCGACGAAGAUGGCAAUGUCAAUAUGGUUGACACGAUCAAGAAAGGAAUCGGGUUGAUUCGCGCAGCCGAGGGGCUUUUCGAAAGCGGCUUUUCCAUGUCUAAAGUAGAGGACGCUAAGAUGCUACUCGGCGGUGCGACUGACUUCUUCAAUGGACUGCAUCAUCGUCGGAAUGAGGAUGUCGACGAGGAUGGACUCGCCGUUGAGAGUUUCGAGGAACAUUGGGAGACAGAGGGCAAAGAUGUCUGGAUGUUCUCUGGAUGCGCCGACGAUCAGACCUCUGCGGAUACAUCCAUUGCCGGAGCACCUACUGGCGCUAUGUCUUGGGCACUUCUUAGGACUCUAAGAGAAACCCCCGAGCAGUCAUACAUAAACGUCCUCCAGAAUACCAGAGAGGAACUGGCGAGGAACUACUCUCAGGUCCCGCAACUCAGCUGCGGCGGCAGAUAUGACUUGGACCAAGUACUCAUCCUAUGAGUUAUCAGCAUCUAUAGACUAGGAUUUCCUAUGAAGAUCGAGACAGGAGAAUAUCAGAUGAAGAGCGAGAUGCAUUCUAUCCUCAGGAGGGUUCACAUCUUGAGCAAAAUUUAAUCAAUCCAAAGCAUUUAGUUUAACUAGUUAAGUUAAAACUCGAAAAGAUAAAAUAGAGAAUUAAGAUGAUAGAGAAACAAACUAAGCUAAGCUAGAAUUCUUGAGUCUCUUUUUUUACGUAAUAUUUUAACCUAGAGAG